UUCUCAAUGCCCAGCUCUUAUCUCUGAAAACAGAAAAUGACUGCCCACACUUCUUAGGGUUUUCAUGUAUGCUGGGGCAAGAAGAUAAACACAUUACACUGCAGUAUGUGCUGACACAAGUCAAUAUUUUGGAGCAACGUAGUAUGAGGUAUAACCAUGCCAAUAUUCCUAUAUUUCUGCAUUCUGCUCUAUUUCAUCUGCUGCUCUGCCACUCAGAAGAAUGUGACUAAGGAUCUUUAUGGCAAAGAUGUGACAGCAGUUCCAGAAACACUGAAAGAUGGAGCCACAGAAGUGUCCUUUGUUGGCAGUCAGAUUGGUGUCAUACCAAAAGGAGCAUUUUCCAAAAACCCUCAACUAGAGUUAAUUGAGUUUUUAAGGACACCUACAACUUCUAUAGAAGAAGGUGCAUUUGAAGGUUUAGAACAUCUGAAAACCAUUGACAUUUCAGAAACCCAAGUGACAUCUUUACCUGUUGGUGUUUUUAAGGAUCUGACCAGCCUUCAUAAAUUGAUUCUGAAAUCAAGCAACAUUCAGAGGCUAGAAAAGGGACUGUUUCAUGAUACCAGGAAUCUUCAAAUACUCCGGAUGCAAGACAACAAGAUUUCAACAAUUGAAGAGGGAACAUUUGAUCACUUGGAGAAUCUCACAGAGCUUAAUCUUGGAAAGAACAAUCUUCCUUCUAUCUCAUCAUCCCUUUUUUCAAAGCUCAAUAAGCUGAAAAUAAUUAGGUUGAAUGAGAUCCAGCUGACAUCAAUGCCUGAUGGAAUUUUUGAUAAUCUACCAAAUCUGACGGAAAUAGAAAUAAAUGGCAACAGAAUCACACGCAUACAACCGAAUUUGUUUCCACAUAAAAACAUAUUGACAACGCUGUUAUUAGACAAUAAUCUCUUAACUGAACUUCAACCUGAGCUAUUUAUGGGUUUCUCUGCACUUAGAAAGUUAAAGCUGAAUCACAAUCAGCUCACCGCUCUCCCCCCUCUACUUUUCACAGAAACGCAUAAUAUGAUUGAAUUAUUUCUGAACAACAACAAUUUUACAUCCUUACCUGCUGGGAUUUUUCAGUCACUGAACCAGCUUAAGAAAUUAGACCUGUCCUCAAAUCGGUUUUCAACACUUUCUGGAUAUUUUUUUGAUGGACUUAAGAAACUUUCUGAGCUCAAUCUUCAGAAUAAUCUCAUUGAAGCACUGAAGUCUGAAGACUUCACAAACCUACAAUCUGUUUCUACCCUCAAACUGGAAAACAAUAAACUGAGAACAAUUCCAAGAGAUGUCUUUGAUUCUCUGCCAAAACUCAAAAAGAUACAUUUGAACAACAAUCCAUGGCACUGUGACUGUAACCUGCUGCCCAUGUACAAGUGGAUGAAGGAAAAUCUGCCUAAGAUAAAGUCUUCUUCUCUAGUGGUUUGUGUAUAUCCUGAAGAGUUGAAAGGCAAAUCAAUCACAUCUUUAAAAGAAGACCAACUGAUAUGUCCCACGACUCCAACUGUUCCAACAACUCUGUCACCAACCACAUCUGCCCUAAUAAGAACUACCACUUCUGAAGCCACUACAAGUACAGCACCAACUUUACUGACUAGAACAACACAGAUCACCACUCAAACAUCAACACUCAUCACUCCUUCCCCAACCACCGCAUUACAAACCACUCAGUCCACAACUACAUCAUCUACCACUUCCUUUUCUACAACUGCUCUUAUGACAACAUUCACCACUCCUUCCCCUACCACUGCAUUACAAACCACUCAGUCCACAACUAAACCAUCUACCACGUCCUCUCCUACGACAGCUCUUAUCACAAGAUUCACCACUCCUUCCCCUACCACUGCAUUAGAAACCACUCAGUCUACAACUGCACCAUCUACCACUUCUUUUCCUACAACUGCUCUUAUGACAACCACAGAAAUCCUUACAACAACUGCAACUUCAACUACAGUAUCCACCACUAUAGCAACAACCACACCACCAACUACUCCAACCACAGAACAAACCACAGCAUCUACAGUUUUAACAACUUCAGUUACAACAGUUACAAGUCUAGAGUCCACAUCAACUAUAGCACCAGUGUCCACCAGACUCAAGACAUUUGGGUGUACUAGUUUCUCGAACUUUCAGGAUCCAUCUUCUGACAUGUUUUCCUCCUCACCAGCAGACAGAGCCUUAUCAUGCAAAGCUUUGAUGAUUUCCUACACAACACUGUUGAUAAUAGAGAUCUGCUGUACAGUGGUACUCGUUAAGUUCACAUACUCACUGUAUUGUUUUCUCCAGGAAAGAGAAAAGCUUUAUUGCACUGUCAACCUCACACACUUUUCCUACACUAAAUCUAUUACACUCAGACCUCUUCAAGAAACUGAGACUGUGGCUCUAUGAGACUGUGGUUAUGUGGUUAAGUAUUCAUCAUAUUGGACUUUACCAGAUUUAAUAGUCUUAGAAAAUGAAAUUGAUUUAAUUGGUCCAUAAUAUUCAAGUGUGUGUGUGUGUGUGUGUGUGUGUGUGUGUGUGCCUUUUGCAUAAAACCCAGCUUUGUUGUGUGUUCAGGCUAUCAUUGUCCUGUGAAGAGCUUAUUCCAUCUGAGCUGUGGAAUUCUCAAUUUUCUUCAGACUUAUCUUUUUGCCUCUUGUUUGCUUCUCUGACUAAUGCAUCCUUAUGUGGUCACUGAUGCUUGGUGGACAGCCUCCACUAGGCAGAGUUUGUAAAUAAUUUACAAACUAUAUAUUGAUUUCCUCCCAAUUUAAUUUUAUGGGUUUUAAUCAACAUUAGAAUAGAGCCUUUGUUAUGCUUAUUAUUUUAUUAUUA